AUGACAUUUGUGAAGAACGAGCUGAGGCUGUUCAAGAGGAAUCUUUGUCCAGAACUCCCAGAAGGCUUUGAGAGUCAGAAGCAGGAUAAGGAAGUGGUGGACGCUGAAAAUGAGAAGCAAGAGAGCAAUGAGCUUGCUGUGAUUUGCCAACGUGAACUCAAAUCUAAUCUAAAGAAGAAGUUUCAAUGUGUAUUUGAGGGGAUCGCUAAACAAGGAAACCCAACACUUCUCAAUAAGAUCUACACAGAGCUCUACAUCACAGAGGGUGGAACAGGAGAGGUCAAUAAUGAACAUGAGCUGAGACAGAUUGAGACAACAACCAGGAAACAAGCAAGACCAGAGACUGCAAUCAAAUGUAACAACAUCUUCAAACCCUUAACUGGACAAGACAAACUUAUCAGAACUGUGCUGACAAAGGGAGUCGCUGGCAUUGGAAAAACAGUCUCUGUGCAGAAGUUCGUUCUGGACUGGGCUGAAGGAAAAGCAAAUCAGGAUGUCCAAUUUGUAUUUUCAUUCCCUUUUCGGGAGCUGAAUUUGAUGAAAGAGGACAAACACACUUUAAUUGAACUUCUUAAUCACUUCUCAAUGGAAACCAAAGAUUCAAGAAUCUCCAACUACGACAAGUACAAAGUUCUGUUCAUCUUUGAUGGUCUGGAUGAGUGCCGACUGCCCCUAGACUUCCAGAAGAACAAGAUCUGUUGUGACGUCACAGAGUCAACCUCAGUGGAUGUUCUGCUGACAAAUCUCAUCAGGGGAAAUCUGCUUCCCUCUGCUCUCCUCUGGAUAACUACCCGACCUGCAGCAGCCAAUAAGAUCCCUUCAGGGUGUGUUGACCAGGUGACAGAGGUACGAGGGUUCAAUGACCCAGAGAAGGAGGAAUACUUCAGGAAGAGAUUCAGUGAUGAGGACCUGGCCAGCAGAAUCAUCUCACACAUAAAGACAUCAAGAUGCCUCCACAUCAUGUGCCACAUUCCAGUCUUCUGUUGGAUAUCUGCAACAGUCCUUGAACACAUGCUGAAACAUAAGAGAGAAGUGAUGCCCAAGACUCUGACUGAGAUGUACACACACCUUGUGGUGUUUCAUACCAAACAGAAGAAUGAAAAGUAUCUUGGGAAAGAAGAGACAGGUCCACACUGGAAUAAAGAGAGCAUUCUGUCACUGGGAAAACUGGCUUUUCAACAGCUUGUGAAGGGCAAUCAGAUUUUCUAUGAAAAAGACCUGAAAGAAGCUGGCAUUGACGUCAAUGAAGCCUCAGUGUACUCAGGAUUGUGCACACAGCUCUUUAAAGAGGAAUGUGGGCUGUACCAGGACAAGGUGUACUGCUUUGUUCAUCUGAGCAUUCAGGAGUUUCUGGCUGCUGUAUAUGUGUUCCUCUCUUUCAUCAACAACAAUGAGAAUCUAAUGGCCAAAACUCAAUCAACGUCCAGGAAACUUUCUGUGAGGAAAAGACAGAAGCCUAAAUUUACUGUCUACAAGAGUGCUGUGGAUAAAGCCUUACAAAGUGAGACAGGAAACCUGGACCUUUUCCUCCGCUUCCUUCUGGGCCUCUCACUGGAGUCCAAUCAGAAGCACUUACAAGGUCUCCUGACAAAGACAAGAAGCAGCUCACAGAGCCAUGAAGAAACAGUCAAGUACAUCAAGAAGAAGAUCAGGGAGAAUCCCUCUCCAGAGAGGAGCAUCAAUCUGUUCCACUGUCUGAAUGAACUGAAUGACCAUUCUCUAGUGGAGGAGAUCCAAAGCUACCUGAGAUCAGGAAGUCUCUCAGAAGACAAACUGUCACCUGCACAAUGGUCAGCUCUGGUCUUUGUGUUGCUGACUUCAGAAAAGGAGCUGGAUGUGUUUGACCUGAAGAAAUACUCCAGAUCAGAGGAAGGUCUUCUGAGGCUGCUGCCAGUGGUCAAAGCCUCCAGAGCCGUUCUGCUGUCAGGCUGUGGAGUCACAGAGGAAGGCUGUGCUUCUCUGGUCUCAGCUCUGAAGUCAAAACCCUCACACCUGAGAGAGCUGGAUCUGAGUAACAAUGACUUGAAGGAUUCAGGAGUGAAGUUGCUCUCUACUGGACUGGGGAAUCCGCACUGUAAACUGGAGACUCUGAGGCUGUCAGGCUGUCUAGUCACAGAGGAAGGCUGUGCUUCUCUGGUCUCAGCUCUGAGGUCAAACCCCUCACACCUGAGAGAGCUGGACCUGAGCUACAAUCACCCAGGAGACUCAGGAGUCAGACUGCUCUCUGCUGGACUGGAGGAUCCACACUGCAGACUGGAGAAAAUCAAUGUGGAACAUGGUGGAGAGAACAGAAUGAAACCUGGACUUAGAAAAUAUGUCUCUGAUCUCACACUGGACCUAAACACAGUAGACAGACACCUCUCUCUGUCUGAGGAGAACAGAAAGGUGACAUGGAGGAGAGAGGAGCAGCCGUAUCCUGAUCACCCAGAGAGAUUUGAGGACUGUGGACAGGUGCUGUGUAGAGAGGGUCUGACUGGGCGCUGUUACUGGGAGGUAGAGUGGAGUGGGAGAGGGGCUGAUAUAGGAGUGACAUAUAAAGGAAUCAGCAGGAGAGGAAGGGGUGAUGACUGUUGUCUUGGAUACAAUGACAAGUCCUGGAGUCUGUUCUGCUAUGACAACAGUUACAUUGCCUGGCACAAUAAUAAUCCCACUACCAUAGACGUCCCCUCCUCCAGAUCCCACAGAGUAGGAGUGUAUCUGGACUGGCCAGCCGGCACUCUGUCCUUCUAUAGAGCCUCCUCUGACACACUGACCCACCUGAUCACAUUCACCUCCACAUUCACUGAGCCCCUCUAUCCAGGGUUUAGGGUUCAUGAUGAUUCCUCAGUGACUCUGUAAAUAAUAACCUGACACACACACACACACUGGACACACAAACACAUAGGACACACACACAAACACACUCACACACUAGACACACAAACAUACAGGACACACACACAAACAUACAGGACACACACACACUCACACAGACUCAGACUGACACAUACACACACAUACAUAUUGGCACACACACACUGGACACACACACACUGGACACACACACACACACACAUUGGACACACACACACUCACACAGAGGACACACACACUCACAUACACAAUCACACAGCGGACACACACAAUCAAACAGAGGACACACACUCACUGACACACACACUGGACACUCACACACACAGGACACACACAGAGGACACACACUGACACACACACAUUCACAUGUAGAGGACACACACACACAGUGGACACACACACACACACACACGGAGGAUGCACACACUGAGACACACACAUACAGGACAAACACACACAUACUGUUGAGUUUAUUUUUUUGCUCAGCAUAAGCUACGGACAACGAAGUACAUUUUAUCGAUGGCAAUUUGAAUGCACAGAUGCACCGUGAUGAGAUCCCAUUGUUGUCGUGCCAUUCAUCUGCUGCCAUCACCUCAUGUUUCAGCAUGAUAAUGCACGGCCCGAUGUGGCAAGGAUCUGUACACAAUUCCUGGGAGCUGAAAAAAAACAGUUCUUCCAUGGCCUGACUACUCACUAGACAUGUCACCCAUUGAGCAUGUUUGGGAUGCUCUGGAUAGACAUGUCACCCAUUGAGCAUGUUUGGGAUGCUCUGGAUAGACAUGUCACCCAUUGAGCAUGUUUUGGAUGCUCUGGAUAGACAUGUCACCCAUUGAGCAUGUUUGGGAUGCUCUGGAUAGACAUGUCACCCAUUGAGCAUGUUUUGGAUGCUCUGGAUAGACAUGUCACCCAUUGAGCAUGUUUGGGAUGCUCUGGAUAGAUGUGUACGACAGCGUGUUCCAAUUCCCGCCAAUAUCCAGCAACUUUGAACAGCCAUUGAAGAGGACUGGGUCAACAUUCCACAGGCCACAAUCAACAGCCUGAUCAACUCUAGGUGAAGGAGAUGUGUCGCGCUGCAUGAGGCAAAUGGGGGUCACACCAGAUACUGACUGGUUUUCUGAUCCACACUCCUACUGUUUCAUUAAGGUGUCUGACAAUCAUAUUCAUAUCUGUAUUCCCAGUCAUGUGAAAUCCAUAGACUAGGGCCUAAUGAAUUUAGUAUUUCAACUGACUGAUGUCCUUAUAUGAACUAUAACUCUUAUAACUCUUAUAACUCUUAUAACUCUUAUAUGAACUAUAAGUACGAUCGUUGGUGUCCAUUUACUUACAUUAUUGUCUUGUAUACAGUCUGAUAUAUAAUGGACCUUAUGCUUGUUAUGUCACCUCUUUUGUUCAGUGUAAUAAAAAACAUCAGUUGUAAAUGUUUUAUUUUUGAUAUGCUUGAUAUGAUGUUAGUAACACUAAGUCAUCCCAUCCUUUCACUAAAUGGUAGUAACACUAAGUCAUCCCAUCCUUUCACUAAAUGGUAGUAACACUAAGUCAUUCCAUCCUUUCACUAAAUGGUAGUAACACUAUGUCAUUCCAUCCUUUCACUAAAUGGUAGUAACACUAAGUCAUUCCAUCCGUUCACUAAAUGGUAGUAACACUAAGUCAUUCCAUCCUUUCACUAAAUGGUAGUAACACUAAGUCAUUCCAUCCUUUCACUAAAUGGUAGUAACACUAAGUCAUUCCAUCCGUUCACUAAAUGGUAGUAACACUAAGUCGUUCCAUCCUUUCACUAAAUGGUAGUUACACUAAGUCGUUCCAUCCUUUCACUAAAUGGUAGUUACACUAAGUCAUUCCAUCCUUUCACUAAAUGGUAGUAACACUAAGUCAUUCCAUCCUUUCACUAAAUGGUAGUAACACUAAGUCAUUCCAUCCUUUCACUAAAUGGUAGUUACACUAAGUCGUUCCAUCCUUUCACUAAAUGGUAGUUACACUAAGUCGUUCCAGCCUUUCACUAAAGCUCUAAACUAACGUUUUAUUGACAGAUGUUAAAUGUUCUGGAUUUUGAUGAUUAAAUCCCAUAUAGCUUACUGGUCAGGUCUUUGUUAUGGCAUCUUCUGAUUGGUUGUCUCAGGUCAGGACUUUGUUAUGACAUCUUCUGAUUGGAUGUCUCAGGUCAGGACUUUGUUAUGACAUCUUCUGAUUGGGUGUCUCAGGUCAGGGCUUUGUUAUGACGUCUUCUGUUUGGGUGUCUCAGAACAGGACUUUGUUAUGACAUCUUCUGAUUGGGUGUCAGGUCAGGACUUUAUUAUGACGUCUUCUGAUUGGGUGUCUCAGAACAGGACUUUGUUAUGACAUCUUCUGAUUGGGUGUCUCAGGUCAGGGCUUUGUUAUGACAUCUUCUGAUUGGGUGUCUCAGGUCAGGGCUUUGUUAUGGCAUCUUCUGAUUGGGUGUCUCAGGUCAGGUCUUUGUUAUGGCAUCUUCUGAUUGGGUGUCAGGUCAGGGCUUUGUUAUGGCAUCUUCUGAUUGGGUGUCUCAGGUCAGGGCUUUGUUAUGGCAUCUUCUGAUUGGGUGUCAGGUCAGGACUGAGCCAUGAUCAGAAUGUGUCUGUCUAUUUCCAGCCCUGCCAUUUCUACCUGUCCUGAUCUAGUGUUUGACCCCUGACCUCCUCACACCGUCUCACUGUCCAUGUCUGCUUUUAGCUCCCACCUCUACUUCACUGUGUUAUAAUGGACCUUAUGCUUGUUAUGUCACCUCUGUAACCAGGUACCAAACAUACUGACCUUUCUGACCCUGUCCCAUGGUCCUACUUCACUGUGUUAUAAUGGACCUUAUGCUUGUUAUGUCACCUCUGUAACCAGUUAUCAAACAUCCUGACCUUUCUGACCCUGUCCCAUGGCCCUACUUCACUGUGUUAUAAUGGACCUUAUGCUUGUUAUGUCACUUCUGUAACCAGGUACCAAACAUACUGACCUUUCUGACCCUGUCCCAUGGCCCUACUUUCUAGAACUGAACAUUUAAAGUCCUCUGAGUUUUGUUUACUGUCCAUUUACUAAUUUAUUGAUGUAUUUGUUGUGUAUUUGGGGUUGUGCCGCAGAGCAUCAUGGGGGUUUGUAUGUGUUGAGAUGAUCACGUUCCAGAUAAAUGGUUGAACUGA